CUGUUAGGUAUAUAUCCGAUAGUAAUACAGCCUUGAAACAUGAAAUUAACAAAACAAGGCAGAUAUUAGCACACACAUCGCAACAAUACUCCCAUGUCUACGCUCAGAUGCUAAAAGAGCACACUGAAAGUAUAACUAAAAGCGCAACGGACGAUCAAAUCAAGAAUAUAGCACGUGAACUCGAUGAUACUACCCAGAAAUACCAUGAAGCAGUUACGAAAUAUCUCAAAAACAGGGAUGAUUACAACGAGGCAGCACAAACAAGAAUAACAAAUGAUGCAAAUAUUAAAUUCGGGGUGGUAGGAGUAGCGUUCAUGUGCGUUUUCGGGUCUUUGGCACUGUCAUUACAUCCAAUAUUCCUGGUGGGAUGUGCCAUUGGGGGAUACACUUAUAGACCAGUGUUCAGGCAAAGUAGAAAACGUAUAGAGAUCACCAAUGACAUGGAAGCUAGACUGCAGAUGAGUAAACAAUGUAAAGGUGAAAUUGACGCACUACAAAAACACAUAGAAUACCAACUAGAACGCUUGGAACGUACAAUUAAAUAGA